AUGGCUGUGAGCUUAGAUCCUUCUGCUGAAGAGGGCCUCGUGGCCUCAUCAAACCAACUACCCGCCCCUGCUGGCACUAAUACUGGGCUUCAACCCACCCCCGAGGGAAAUUUAAUGAUGGGCAAUGGAGAAGGUCUUAUAAGUUCGCGAACAAUCGAUCCAAAUCCAGUGUCACCAAAUGUACCCCUGGGGUUUACGCCGCCGACGUAUGGGAGAACAUAUACCACGACCCCAAGUUCUCGAUCAAAUCAUCACGGACUCGACCCCUCCGAGAUCCAGUCUCAACAAAGCGAAAAGGAAGAGUUCCACGAUAUAUUCUCCGACCUCAUGACAGACAGUGAGCACGAGGCAGCGUUUCUAACUCGACAUUACACGGAAGUCAUUGCACCCUGUUGUACAUCACUCAAGUACGCAAUCGCUUCAUUGGCUGCAAAGCAGCUUGGACGAGUUAAGGGCGCAAAGUCUUCCGCUACCGGUGGCAUGUUUACCAACCCUGCCGGCACUGAGACGUAUCCAAAUGCUGCUGAUACGGACUGGUUCCUUAAAGCUGCUAAUUAUUAUUACAUGGCGGUUUCGGAUCUUAAUAAUAACACCUCGGGCGGCUAUGAUGCUGUCUCUACGUCGGCUGUUCUUGAGUCGCCAAUCGAAAUGUUAAGCCAGUGGUUGAAUACGCCGUCAACCCAGGAACAUUUCCAAAAUUCUCAGGACAAUUCUUUUCUUCGCAAAGUGGAGGACACUCUCGCGACUGUUACACUUUUAACUACAUAUAGACUGAUUGAUCUUAAAGGGAACGAAUGGCACAAGCACCUUUCAGGAACUAAGUCAUUAUUUGCCGCGCUUUUGAAUUUUAAUCAAAUUCAGUCGUCCUUUUUUUCUCAUGGAGUUCGCGCAUCAUUCUGGAAUUUUGCUAGGCAAGACUAUCUCGGGUCAUAUUUCACACGAUCACCCACCCACUUCAGCCCAACAGACCUCUCCCUCUGGCGCGCGGCGGGGCUGCCAACGAACGGCCAGGGUAAAUUCCAAAUAAGUUCAACGGGAACAGAUAGUUUAAAGCAGGAGGAUCAGGCUUCAAACGGCUUAACCUGGCUGCUAUCAAAAGUGCUCAACUUUCUAUCUGAGUCAAAGCAAUCACAAAUAGCUCAAUGGGCCGGAUACUCCCCCGAAUCCGCCGAUAGGAUGCAAGUUGCAUCCACGGACCUUAGCACGAAUACAUGGUUAGAUCUUUCUUUUGAUCUUCAGACCUGGUUUGAAGGCGUUCCGGAGACAUUCCGCCCAUGCAUUCGCAUCGAAUCCCCACGGGACUUUUCUAAACUUCCAGGCGGUGGACAGUCGCCAUUUCCCGAGGUCGUUUACAGUCACCCGACAUGUGCAGCUACGAUGCAGCAUUAUCAUUUCGGUCGCAUUGCUUUACUUCUUAAUCGACCGCCUGAUAUAGUCAGCGCACCUAGCACAGCAUUUGAUCGGUUACAGGGAUACCGGGAGGUUACGAAAGAAGUUGAAUACCGCAGUCGUGAAUUGUGUGGUAUUGCCUUGGGCAGGCCGCUGGGUGCUAUCCGAGUACAUAUGGUUCCCCUUUUGCUUGCUGUUGGUCAGUGUGUGGAGAGUCUAGAGGAGCAUCGCAUUAUUGUGGACCUUUUGCGUGGUGUUGAGGCGGACCUUGGCUGGGCAACGGAUUACGUGGUACAGAAUUUACAGGCGAUGUGGAAUAGAUGA